UGUUCUUCCUUUUUCUUCUUGUUGUACACUUUGUAUAGUUGCAAAUUUUACUUUAGUAUACUUCUUCAAUGGCGAAGGAUUCAGUUACUGUGUUGAACUUUCGGCGUCUUUGUUGCAUCGUCUUGGUGUUCUGUGCGUGGUCAUUUAUCUCAUUCAUUUACUGGUGCCAUUACUAUGGUCCAGGCUACUCUCUAUACCAAAAAAUGGAGCUGAAGCAAAACCAAAUCAAUGACCUCCUUGCAUUCCCUUCUGCAUGGAAUCAGCUUGAUUUUUCCUCAAAACCGCUUCCGAAGCUUCUUAAAAUUGCUCUGUUUGUCAAGAAAUGGCCUCAUAGAUCUCAAGCAGGAGGGCUUGAAAGGCAUGCCUUGACCCUCCACCUUGCACUUGCCAAAAGGGGUCAUGAGCUUCACAUCUUUACCACUUCUUCUUCAAAUUCCUCCUUCCCAAGGUACCCGAUAAGCAAUUUGUAUUUUCACCUCUCAAAACCAACUGCUGCUGGGUAUCUGGACCAAGCUCUGGUUUGGAAGCUGUUUCAAACUCAAAACUCAACAGGAAGGCCUUUUGAUGUGAUCCACACUGAAAGUGUCGGCCUCUUGCAUACUCGAUCACGUAACCAGACAAACCUGGCUGUUACUUGGCAUGGGAUUGCAUAUGAGACUAUCCAUUCUGACAUCAUACAAGAACUUUUGCGCAGCCCUGAAGAACCACAGGGAUCUGCAUUGACUGAAAGAACUAUGAAGGUUAUUGAAGAGGUGAGGUUUUUCCCCAGUUAUGCUCACCAUGUUGCUACCAGUGACCAUGUUGGAGAUGUACUCAAGAGGAUUUACAUGCUCCCGGAUGAUCGUGUUCACAUUAUUCUUAAUGGUGUCGAUGAGGAUAUUUUCAAGCCAGACAUUGCCAAGGGGAAUGACUUUAAGAAAAAAUUUGGGGUACCUGAAUCCAGGACACUGGUUUUGGGAAUGGCUGGAAGGUUGGUAAAGGAUAAAGGGCACCCCUUGAUGUUUGAGGCUUUGAAACAAAUGCUCAAGGAAAAUGAAGCAUUUCGGCAAAGUAUUGUGGUUCUGGUUGCUGGUAAUGGUCCUUGGGGUGCUAGGUACAGAGAUCUUGGAACUAAUGUACUUGUUUUGGGGCCACUGGAACAAGCUCAGCUUGCUGAGUUCUAUAACGCAGUCGAUAUUUUUGUGAACCCGACUCUACGCGCUCAGGGAUUGGAUCAUACUUUGUUAGAAGCAAUGCUCUCCGGGAAGCCAGUAAUGGCAACAAGGCUUGCCAGCAUUACAGGUUCUGUGGUUGUUGGCACAGAAGUGGGAUAUACAUUUUCACCAACAAUAACUACACUAAAGACGACCCUCUAUAGAGUUUGGAAAGAUGGCAGAGGAGACUUAAAGCAGAAAGGCCAGGCAGCAAGGCAGAGAGGUUUGCAAUUGUUCACUGCUACCAAAAUGGCUGCUGCUUAUGAAAGGCUUUUCCUUUGCAUAUCCAAUGAUGAGAACAGAGGGGAGAACUAUUGUCAAUAUCAGAUUCCAUGACACUAACUUAAUUAGCAGAUCAUUCAUAUAUCUCUAGUCCCCAAGGAUGAUUAUGGUAUCAGACUACAACAUUGUGAAAGUUCAGAGAACCAGCUAGUGUAGAAAACUUUUCUUGAAGAUGAACUAGAGCCUUGUCACCGGAUUUUCGGCGUUAGAAUCAAGCUGUUCUAACAAAAAACCACCAUAUGGAGAAAAGGCCAGACAGGGCUGAAGAUCCAACCUGUAUUGAAGCUGCAAGUAUCUUUGACAAUUUCCAUAUGCAUUAAAUUGGCUGAUUGGCCAAGGAUAGCUAGUGUGCAGGUUCUUUAUGACAUUUUUUUUGUUCUCUGCUCAAAUUCCAUGUCUCCUCUUACUCUCUUGAAGGAAAAAAAAAAAGUUUGAGUUUUGCUUGACCAGCAACUACGAAAACUUCUAAUCUAAUGGAGAUGCAAUUAGUCUUCAAGGGUAGCAUUUCUUAGCAAAACACCAUAAUCUCUAAACCCAUCAUAAUGAGAAAACACAUUGCAUAAGAAACCAGAGUCACUUCAAGCAUAUAUGUUCAUAAUAGAAGAGCAAGAAGCUCAUACCAUUAGCCUGCACGACAUCGCAGGCUUUAAUUUAACAGAAAAAAAAAAAAAAAAAAAA